CCCGGGAAUGGCCAGGGCCGGGAGCCCGGUGCCCAAGUCGCCCUCGGGGUGGCAGUUCCCGUUAACCUUAGCCACAAAGUCAAAGAUGGCAGGAAAGGGACACAGCUGGCGCUGAUGCUGGGAGGUCUCCAGGGAUGGAGAGUGGCCUGGCUGGCGACGGCACAGGAGCUGGGCUGGUGAUGAAGGUCAAGCAGGAGAAGCCGGAGCGGCUGCUGCAGACGCUGGCGCCGCAGGCCAUGCUUGUGGAGAAGGACAAGGAGAACAUCUUCCAGCAGCACCCCGGCCUCCCGCCACGCCAGACUAUGGGGCGGCCUCGAGCCCUGGGGGGACAGGAGGAGUCUGGGAGUCCAAGAUGGGCCCCUCCCACUGAGCAGGAUGCGGGGCUGGCAGGCCGGGCUCCCGGGUCAGCCUCCAGCCCCCUGAGCCCCUCGCUUUCCUCCGGUGAGGGUCACUUUGUAUGCCUGGACUGCGGGAAGAGGUUCAGCUGGUGGUCGUCCCUGAAGAUCCACCAGCGCACCCACACCGGGGAGAAGCCGUACCUCUGCGGCAAGUGCGGCAAGAGCUUCAGCCAGAAGCCGAACCUGGCGCGCCACCAGCGGCACCACACGGGCGAGCGACCCUUCUGCUGCCCCGAGUGCGCGCGGUGCUUCAGCCAGAAGCAGCACCUGCUCAAGCACCAGAAGACCCACUCCCGGCCCGCCACCCACUCGUGCCCCGAGUGCGAGCGCUGCUUCCGUCACCAGGUGGGCCUCCGCAUCCACCAGCGCGCGCACGCCCGGGACCGCCAGGGCUCCCGCGCCGGCCUGCAUGAGCUGCUUCGGGACGCGGCGGCGCGCCGGGCCUGUCGCCUGCGGCCGGGGCCGCCGCGGGGGCGCCCCGAGUGGGCCUGGCUGGGGCUCUGCCAGGGCUGGUGGGGCCAGCCCGGGGCCCGGACCACGGUCUCCGGCCCGGAGGGUCCGGGCGAGCCGCGCCAGUUCAUCUGCAAUGAGUGUGGCAAGAGCUUCACCUGGUGGUCGUCGCUGAACAUCCACCAGCGCAUCCACACUGGCGAGCGCCCCUACGCGUGCCCUGAGUGCGGCCGCCGCUUCAGCCAGAAGCCCAACCUGACGCGGCACCUGCGCAACCACACAGGUGAGCGCCCGCACCCCUGCCCGCACUGCGGCCGCGGCUUCCGCCAGAAGCAGCACCUGCUCAAGCACCUGCGCACGCACCUGCCCGGCGCCCAGGCCGCGCCCUGCCCCAGCUGCGGUAAGAGCUGCCGCAGCCGCGCUGCGCUGCGCGCCCACCAGCGCGCCCACGCUGUCGCUGAGCCCGCCGUUCCGGCCGGGGAACCGGGCGACCAACCGCAGGCCGAGGCCAUCCCGGGCUUGGCCGCGAGGCCGCGGAGCUCCCAACGGUCCCCGGGGGCCCGGGACGCGCUGUGGGGCCGGGGACGAGCGGGCCUCGCUGGGCCUGGCGAGCCGCGCCAGUUCAUCUGCAACGAGUGCGGCAAGAGCUUCUCUUGGUGGUCAGCGCUCACCAUCCACCAGCGCAUCCACACGGGUGAGCGGCCCUACCCGUGCCCCGAGUGCGGCCGCCGCUUCAGCCAGAAGCCCAACCUGACGCGGCACCGGCGCAACCACACGGGCGAGCGGCCCUACCUGUGUCCCGCGUGUGGCCGCGGCUUCAGCCAGAAGCAGCACCUGCUCAAGCACCAGCGCGUGCACCGCGCGGCUCCUGCGUGCAGCCCCAAGGAGGAGGCGCGCUAGUGGACUGGACCUCAGCGGACCCGUGGUGGUGCGGGGGAUGUUUGCAGGGUGUGUGUGGGGAGUGGGGGUGGCCAGGAUUGCUGGCUCUUAGAACCCCUUAGAGCGGGACCAGUGGAUUCCUUAAGGCUCUGAAGGGCUGAGAACAGUUCUAGAAGCGUCCCAAAGGGUGCUGGGAAAGGUCCCAGCGUGGGUUGAGGGAGGAGGGAAGAUCAGAGUUCCUCACCGCGGGCCGGGAUGUGAUCACCCUCUUCAGAGGUUGGACCUCAGGCUUCAAGCACCGAGUGAGGGGUCUGUUGGGGACGCUGGGAGAGUCUCUGGUGUGAAGUUGCUUAGGUCUGGACUGGUCAGCUGUGGCACCAGCCGGUCCUGCCCACGCUUCAGGAUGGCCGGGGGCUGCCCCUGUGGGAGAGUUGCCAAGACUCGGUGAUACCAAGGAUGGAAGCCAGAGGCUGUGGCAAGGGAGAGCCAAGCAGAUUCCCAGCACCAGGGCCAGUGCGGGCACGUCGUAGACAUCCAAUAAAUAUUUUUGGAAGGAGUGAA